CUUGCAGCGCAGGCCUAUUCCUUCCUUCCGACCUUUACCACCAUAACCGAAAAUCUAUUCAUAAUGAAGUACUUCACAAUACUACCUAUGGCAGCUGGCCUUGCCGCCGCUGAGAUGCAAGUCAUGAGCGUUGCUGCUCAAGCUGCUGGCCCCAUGACGCACACCAUUGCCGUUGGUGGCCUCAAGCCUGUCGAAACCGGAAUGGCGCCCAACCUGGGCUUCUUCCCCGACCAGAUUACCGCAAACGUGGGAGAUACGGUCAUGUUCGAGUUCUUCCAGAAGAACCACACUGCUACGCAAUCAACAUUCGACCAGCCGUGCAAGAAGAAGGAGGGUGGUAUGGACUCUGGUUUCCAGCCCAACGCAGAUGGAAAGCCUGGUGUCACCUGGAACAUCACCGUCGAAACAACUGACGCACUCUGGUUCUACUGCAAGCAGCAAACCGGUACUCACUGCGGUGUAGGCAUGGUCAUGUCCAUCAACGCCAAAUUCGAGGGUGACAAGACCAUGGCUCAGUUCAAGAACCUCGCUGUCAAAACAAAUGGCACCAACCUCAAAGACGCUGCUAUCCAGCAAGUCGGCGCCGAGGCUGCAGCUGUUGCUUCCCCUGUCACCGUAGUGGCUGCAGCCGGAACUGGAGGUGCUGCUCCUCCUCCUCCCCCUGCUGCUGCCAGCGGCGCCGCGGCGGCACCCCCAGCUCAAGUCGUCGGCGGUUCGGGAGUCGAUUCUGUCAGCGGCCAGACUUGCUCAUGCCAGUGCCUGUGCGGCAUGAACUCUUUCCCCGCCCAAGCCGCCAUCAACAACUUCGGUGGAUUUGCCGGUAUGAUCGGAUAG